AUGGAUUUUACUGUCGAGUUACCCUUAGGGAGGACUUAUUUUAAUCGAUAUUGCAAGAUUAAAAAUUGCUUCUUAACCAUUAAUCGAUCGGCCUAUAAAAAAUCGCAUGCUAUCGUCUUCAACGAUCGCGAUUUGCCUGAUCAUAUUGCUCAUAUGCCCUAUUUUAAAGAUCGUCGGCCAUGGCAACGUUGGGUGUAUUACAAUUUUGAAUCGCCCUACUAUGCUCGAGGUUAUAAGCCAUUUUUCAUCAAUGCAGGCAUGUUUAACUGGUCUAUGACCUACCAUCAUAAUGCCGAUAUUGAUAUUCAAUAUGGCCACGCUGUUCAGCGGCCAAUUCCACGCGCAACCCUACCCGAUUAUCAUGGUAGAAAAGAUGUACAUGUUACUUGGGCAGUAAGUCACUGUCUUAAUGCCAGAAUGAAAUAUGUUCAAGCUUUAUCGAAAUAUAUUUCCAUCGACAUUUAUGGUAUUUGUGGCAAUAAGACAUGCAUUGGAACGAAUAGGCAUUGUUGGAAGACAGUAUUUAGUCGAUCCAUGUUUUAUUUGUCCUUUGAAAAUUCCGUAUGUGCCGAAUAUGUGACGGAAAAGUUAUGGAAUCCAUUACUUUAUGGGGUUGUCCCGGUUGUCUUGGGAGGCGCAGAUUAUCGCAAAAUUGCACCACCCAAAUCGUAUAUUGAUGCUCGUGAUUUCCCUUCUGUCAAGGAUUUAGCUGAAUAUUUGCAUAAAGUUAGCCGUGAUAAAAAUCUUUACAACUCCUACAUGAAAUGGAAAUUAAACUGGAAGAUUGUUGUACCAAGACAUUGGUGUAAUUUAUGUAACGCACUGCAUGAUCCUAAUCGGCCGCCUAAAGUUUAUACCACAUUAAGUCGCGAUUGGGAUGGUCUAAAUCGCCAAUGCCAACCUUAUCCAGAUCCUUACGAGUAUCUGCCUAAAAAGGAUUAA